CCUCGAUUUAGACAUGGAGAACAGACAUGAAUCCCUUAGUGAGACCAGUGCAAAAGUGUUCAACCUUAACAUAAGAGGUCCCUAUAUUGCGGAUGAUAUGGACUGCAGCGAUUUUUUCGCUUAUGAGAAUAAUCAGGCAGAGAAACCUGGCGAAAUCUUUAGUCACAGUUUGGAAAACACCAACGAGUUCAGAGCUUCUUCUAAUUUAUCCAAUUUGAAUGCUGAAUCAGUUGAGGAGAUUUCCAACCUCUACCACGAAUGCUCUGGGAUAGAUAGUGGGGACAUUCCCAAUCUAUCCCAUGAAUGGGUUGAGCAAGAGUUCAAGGAUGCUGAUAUUGAGCAAUCAAACCUCUUUGUAGAGCCAAGGCUCUACAAUUUUGAGAAAGAUUGAUCCUUAGACACCGAUCUGAAAAUUCUCUCCCUUAGAUCAACGAAGGCUGGAGGUAGCUCAAACUUGUUUUCAAAGGAAGAGAUGAAGGAAAAUUCUUUCAAGAACUCCGAUGACCACUUCUCUGUUGAUUCAGAUAAGGGAUCUGUGCAGAAGGCGGGCAAUAAGCCCGCCGAGGCUAAAGCCUCUAAAAGCAAGAUCUCAAACUUUUGGAAGAGGGUGGAUAUGCGACAGAAGAAAGUGAUCAGAGGUCUUAGUGGCCUCACAAAAGAUUAUUUCAAAGACCUAGUGGACACCAGAGGUUCAGAAGACCUCAUGUUCAAAGCUUGGGACGAUAAACUAAAGUACCUUUUUCCACAACUUUACCAGGAAUCCCGAUUCCGGCUUCUAGGUGACAUCAGCGUGGUGUGCCUAAGUUGGAAAUUUAUCGAAAAAAUUCGUUGCUGUAAUUUCUUCACAGACGAAGAAAAAGCCACUAUUAUCAAGUAUGGGGAGAGUUUCAAAACUCAAAGAGCACGCUGUUCCAACUCAUCAGUGAGAAAGCAGAUGCUCAACUCCCCUCUGGUGCAGAUAGGAAAGCUUCUUUACUACACUUCCCAGGCUUGGGAAGAAUCUUUUUGGAACCAAAUCCUCGAGAGAAAGAAAAGUGACAUUGUAGAGUUCCAAGUCUUUAAAGAGGCUCACCUGAAAGAUUUCCAGAAGAUCGACGAGAUCGCUCACUCUGGACCGAUUUAAACCCCGAUUUAUAAUCGUUUUAUUAAAAUUCCGAUU